GAGACUAAGCAAGCAUGAGUUUGGUUAAGGUGAAUUCCUUCCUCUUAAUACUUGUAUCAUUAUUGGCGGUGUUACAGGAAUCAUCGACCGCAUCACUGCCGACUAAAGCCGGUAAAAUCACCAUACUUCCAAAGGUCACGGUUGAUAUCAUUAACAACCUGCCUCUUCCUACACUCUUAACCAUCCACUGUAAAUCGAAGGACGAUGAUCUCGGGAUCCACGUGGUCCAGCCACUCCAACGCUACUCAUUUCAAUUCAGGGUUAACUUAUUUGGCAGCACGCUGUUCUUCUGCGGGGCAUCGUGGCAGGGCGGGCAUGUCGAGUUCGACAUAUUCAAUGCCAAAAGGGACAACGACAGGUGCGACACGUACUGCAUGUGGGAGGCGAGAGAGGAUGCUAUGGUGGGAUUCAGGCAAGAUAAUGAUAUCAAUGAGGACAUUAGUUUUCCUUGGAAACAUUGAUGUUAAGGGCAUGAUAUUGUAAUAAGAAUAAGAAAGAUAUGAGUUGGUUGCA